AUGCGAGGUAGACUUCCAUCUAAAGACUUUUUGCUUGAUCCUGAAAUAUCAAGGACUGAGAGGAGACUGAGGAAGGCGGCUAGGCAGAUAAUUUGGGAAGAUUUGAAAAGCGUACCUGCACAACCAAAACAAGAGAUGGAAGGAGACAACAACGAUGAUGGUGGCAUAGGCCACAAUCCACCCCCAAGAUUGUUGGAAAGUAUUCUGACACCAGUGUUCAAUAGGCCAAACUCAAGCAUAGUCAGGCCGACGGUGGAAGCAAACAAUUUUGAGUUGAAACCAUCAUUGAUUUCUUUGGUGGCAAGAGCUCAAUAUUCUGGUGCUGACGAGGAAGACCCUCAUGAGUUCAUAGAUCGAUUUCUGAUGAUCUGUGACACCACGAAGCACAAUGGUGUGCCAGCUGAUGCUAUCAGGCUCCGACUAUUUCCUUUUGCUGUUAAGGGAAGUGCUCUCAAAUGGAUAGAAAGGCAACCAGCAAAUACUGGAGGUUCUAUUCGGCAGAGUACCUCAGAGCAAGCCCUCAAUCUGAUAAAGAAGUUGGCAAGAGAUGAAAAUGAGAGUGUUCCAGCCUCAGUAAAAAGAGGAGUGAUAAAACAAGAAAACAAUGACACUUUGCUCGCUGAACUGUUAUCCAAAAAGAUUGAUAGUAAGUUUGACAGCUUGGAGCAGCGAUUUCAAAAAUUCCAAGUGUCUCAUGUUCAAUCAACUCCUCAGGAAGCUCACAAAUCCAACGAAUGCUCUAAUUCGUUAUCAGAUGAUUCACCUCAACAAGUACAGGUGAAUGGAAUAUGGUAUGACCAGCGGCCUCAGCCGUCAAACUUUUCAAGGAACAAUAAUUAUGGUGCUGGAGGUGGUGGUGGAAAUUUUCAGCGAAGAACUCAAGGAGCUGGCAUGGAUUACAAAUCUAAUAACUACCAGCAGCCUCCACAAAUUCAAGCAAAGGAACCCUCUGAAUUGGAAAAGCUAGUGGCACAGAUGAUAGGCCAACUUGCAAAGCAGGUUUCAGACAGAAUUCCGGGUACUUUUCCUAGUAAUACAGUUAUCAAUCCAAAGGAAGAUUGCAUGGCUAUUACCACUAGAAGUGGCAAAGUUGUAGCACCGCUUGCAAAUCCAAUUCUUGAUCGUGUGGAAGACAAGGAACAAGCGGAGAAGCAGAAAGGAGCAAUUGAACCAGAGGCUGAAGUAAUUGUGAAAGAAAAGGAGAAAGAAGCCGUCAUUGAAAAGGAAAAACCAUCCUUCUUUGAUAAGAACUGCCCAUUGACCCAUGAAUAUAUAAUGGCUCAAGCACCUUACCCAGAAAGGUUCAAGAAAGAGGUUACUAACAAACAUUAUGACAGGUUCUUAGACAUCUUCAAGAAGUUGCACAUCAAUAUUCCUUUUGCAGAAGCCUUAGCAAAUAUGCCUGGAUAUGCAAAAUUCAUGAAGGAUCUGUUGAAGAAGAAUAAACUGCAAGAAUGCCAAACCGUUGAACUUACUGCAAAAAGUAGUGCAUUCAUUCAGCAGAAGAUUCCUGCUAAGCUUCGUGAUCCAGGUAGUUUUAAUAUUCCCAUUACUAUUGAUGAUAUUGCCAUUGGCAGAGCUAUUUGUGAUCUUGGGGCUAGUAUCAACUUGAUGCCUCUUUCUAUUUAUAAGUCACUGGGAAUUGAAGAAUUGAAACCCACAGAAGUUUCUCUUCAACUUGCUGAUAGAUCUGUAAGGAAACCUAACGGGAUCAUUGAAGAUGUUCUUGUCAAAGGAAUGAUUAAAUUAAGGAUGCAUGAUGAGGAACUCAAUUACAAUGUUUUUGAGGCAAUGAAAAGACCAGCUGAGAAUGAUGAUUGUUUUCAAGUUGAAGUGUUUCAAGAGCAACAUAAGAAGAUGCGUCCACAAGAAAAUGAUUAUGAGUUGAGAGCCCGGGAUCAUGUUCCUUUUGAAGGCAAAGAAGUUGCUGUGGAAGAGCUUAAAGAAAAAGCUGAUGAUAUAGAAGAUAAGCCACCCAAGGUUGAGUUGAAAACUCUGCCUGAUACUUUGAAAUAUGUAUUCUUGGGGAAUGAAGAGACUUAUCCUGUAAUUGUCAAUACGGCACUAUCUCCUGGUCAAGAAGAGGAGCUUGUUGAAGUUCUAAAAGCUCAUAAGACUGCCAUAGGGUGGUCUAUUUCUGAUUUAAAGGGUGUUAGUCCCUCUAUUUGCACACACAAAAUUCUUAUGGCAGAAAACAUCAAACCUGUGAGACAACCGCAAAGAAGGCUUAACCCGAUCAUGAAGGAGGUAAAGGGUGGUGUGACCGUUGUCAAAAAUGCAAACAAUGAGUCAUUCCCAACUAGAACUAUCACAGGUUGGAGAAUGUGUGUUGAUUACAGAAGGUUGAACACGGCUACCAGGAAAGAUCAUUUUCCACUACCCUUUGUUGAUCAGAUGCUGGAAAGACUGGCGGGCCAUGCCUAUUACUGCUUUUUAGAUGGCUAUUCAGGCUACAAUCAAAUUCCAGUAGCCCCUGAAGACCAGGAGAAGACAGCUUUCACUUGCCCAUUUGGAGUCUUCGCUUACCGACGAAUGCCAUUCGGUCUCUGUAAUGCACCUGCCACCUUCCAAAGGUGUAUGCUCUCUAUUUUUUCUGACAUGGUAGAGCGAUUUUUAGAGGUAUUUAUGGAUGACUUCUCCGUCUUUGGUUCUUGUUUUGAUUCUUGUUUAAUUAACUUGUCUAAAGUUUUGAAAAGGUGCCAAGAGACUAACCUUGUUCUGAAUUGGGAAAAGUGCCAUUUUAUGGUUAAUGAAGGUAUUGUUUUGGGGCAUAAAAUCUCCAGGAAUGGAAUUGAGGUUGAUAAAGCUAAAUUGAUCUUGAUUGAGCAACUCCCCACUCCCAUUAAUGUUCAUGCUGUUAGGAGUUUUCUAGGACAUGCAGGUUUCUACAGGAGAUUCAUCAAGGACUUCUCCAAGGUUGCUAAACCAUUGAGCCAGCUCUUGGUGAAGGACUCCGAAUUCAAAUUUGAUGAUGCAUGCCUGAAGUCUUUCACCAUAUUGAAAGAAAAGCUUACUACAGCUCCUGUGCUUACAGCCCCUGAUUGGAGCCUUCCUUUUGAGCUCAUGUGUGACGCCAGUGCUUAUGCAAUUGGUGCCGUCCUCGGUCAGCGUAAGGAAAAAUUAUUACAUGUCAUUUACUAUGCUAGCAAAGUCUUGAAUGAAGCUCAAGUUAAUUAUGCCACAACUGAGAAAGAGAUGUUAGCAGUAGUUUAUGCACUGGAUAAAUUUAGACCUUACUUGUUAGGAUCCAAAAUCAUUGUUUUUACUGAUCAUUCUGCUAUUAAGUAUCUGAUAGCUAAGCAGGAUGCUAAACCACGAUUGCUAAGGUGGAUGUUACUCUUUCAAGAGUUUGAUUUGGAGAUCCGAGACAAGAUUGGAGUGGAGAACAAAGUGGCAGAUCAUCUGUCAAGAAUCCAGGAGAAAGAGCUUCAAGAUAGUCCUGACAAAGAAAUCAACGACUAUUUUCCUGAUGAAAAAGUGAUGUCUAUUCACGUCCCUCCAUGGUUCGCAGACUUUGCCAAUUACAAAGUUGUGAAGGAGUUACCUGCUAAUCUUACUGGGCAACAACAAAAGAAAUUUCUGCGGGAUUUAAAGAGGUACUUCUGGGAUGAUCCAUAUCUAUACUUUCAAUGUGCUGACGGAAUCAUUCGUAGAUGUGUUCCUGAAGAAUUUGUCGAAAAAUGUGACAAGUGUCAGCGAGCAGGCAACAUAUCUCGCAAGGAUGAGAUGCCUCUGAAUAGUAUAUUGGAGGUAGAGUUGUUUGACGUAUGGGGCAUUGAUUUCAUGGGCCCAUUUCCCUCGUCUUAUUCCAACCUGUACAUACUGGUGGCCGUUGACUAUGUAUCCAAGUGGGUUGAGGCAAUUGCCCUUCCUACUAAUGAUGCUAUAUCAGUGGUAAAUUUCUUGAGGAAGAACAUUUUCACAAGGUUUGGAGUACCCCGAGCCAUUAUCAGUGACGGAGGUACUCACUUCUGUAACAGGCACUUUGAGAGCUUACUUGCUAAAUAUGGAGUCAAACACAGAGUUACUACACCAUACCAUCCACAAACCAGUGGACAAGUUGAAGUUUCAAACAGAGAAAUAAAGAGAAUCUUAGAAAAGACAGUGGGAAACUCUCGGAAGGAUUGGGCUAAGAAGCUUGACGAUGCACUGUGGGCAUACAGAACUGCAUUCAAAACCCCCAUAGGCAUGUCACCGUAUCAAUUGGUGUAUGGCAAAGCUUGUCAUUUGCCUGUGGAGUUGGAGUACAAGGCCUUAUGGGCCACAAAGUUUUUGAAUUUUGAACCAUCAGGAGCUCGGGAGAAAAGAUUACUUCAGUUAAAUGAGCUAGAUGAGUUCAGAAGAACUGCAUAUGAAAGUGCAAGGAUUUACAAGGAGAAGACUAAGCGGUGGCAUGAUAGCAAAAUCAAGCACAAAGAGUUUGAACCAGGACAACAGGUAUUAUUGUACAACUCUCGACUGAGGUUGUUUCCAGGUAAACUUAAAUCACGUUGGUCUGGUCCUUUUAUUGUGAAGACAGUCUUCCCAUAUGGGACAGUAGAAAUCUCCCCUCUCAAAGAGGACAGACCUUUCAAGGUCAAUGGAAAUAGAUUGAAAAUCUAUUAUGGAGAACAAACACCUAGAGACACAAUUUCUGUCUCUUUAGUUGCACCUGAACCUUAA